UGUGCUCUACUCACAAGCCCACAGACUUGACCUACUUUUCAGCAACACACACACUCGGAUCCCUUCCCCGCAUUGACAACCAAGACAGGAACGAGGAGGGAACAAGUUUUCACCGAGACCCAAGCGACGUAACCAGAAGAAAAUGGACAUGAAGAAAAGGGUAUCUCUGGAGCUCCGGCACAGGGCGCCGCCUGAUGUUCAGGAGUUGGUUCUUGAUAACUGCCGGAACAGCGAGGGCCGCAUCGAGGGUAUCACGCAGGAGUUUGAGAACCUGGAGCUGCUCAGCCUAAUCAACGUGGGCCUGGUCAGUGUGGCAGACAUCCCCAAGCUGGACAAACUGAAGAAAUUGGAGCUGAGUGACAACAGGAUAUCAGGCGGUCUGGAGGUGCUAGCGGAGCGGUUGGUGAACCUAACGCACCUCAACCUCAGUGGGAACAAGUUCAAGGACAUCAGCACCCUGGAGCCUCUGAAGAAGCUGCCACAGCUCAAGAGCCUGGACCUGUUCAACUGCGAGGUGACGAACUUGACGGACUACCGGGACUCCAUCUUCCAGCUGCUCCCCCAGCUCACCUACCUCGACGGCUACGACAUCGACGACUGCGAGGCGUCCGACUCCGACGGCGAGGGCGACGGCGUGGACGACGAGGAGGACGAAGAGGGCGAGUCGGAGGAGUUUGAGGAGGAGGAGGAGGAGGACGAGGAAGACGUUGUGGCCGUGGAGGAGGACGAUGACGACGACGAUGACAGCGCGGAGGACGAGGAGACCGCGGUAAACGGAGAUGCAGACAGUGACGACGACGACGAGGCAGACAGCGACGAGGAUGAAGAUGAAGACUCGUCUCCUGCUAAGGGCGAGAAGAGGAAGAGGGACCCUGAAGACGAGGAAGAGGAGGAAGAAGAUUGAUGACCAACCAGCCCCUCCCCCUUUCACCUCUGACCUCAUGCCCUCUGACCCCUCCCCCUGUCACCUCUGGGCUGAGUUCCAAUUCUUUCUAACUCGUAUGAGCUGAGGUAAUGGCAACAUAGUAGCCAUUAGCCCCACAAGUCUUUCUCCAUCCUCUCACUUCCUGUGACAUGACUGUUGCAAGGCAACAAGCGAUAUUUUUCCCCACAUGGUUCUGUUUGUACACCCCGUGACUUUAACCAGAGGUCAUGGCCUGGGAGUUAUUCAGAAUGGAACGCAGCCCUUAAACUCCCUCCCCCCUUCACACACAUACAAACAUACACACAAACAUACAUAUA